CCGCCCUGCUUGCAUUGUGGGAGUUGUAGUUUGGCGCCCAGGAGGCCUUUCCCCUCCCCUUCCCUCCCUUUCACAGACGAGAACUACAUCUCCCAGCAGCCACGUGCGACAAAGCGCUUCAUGUGGUCUGGCUGCUGCUGCUGCUGCUGGAAAAGGAGGAGGACAGAGGCUCUUUCAGCUCAAGGCCCAUAAAGGAAUUCAGGGGUAGCCUAAAGAAUGCAUGGCAUCGCAUCCUUUUCUGGCAUUCCGAGAACCCUAACAGUUCUACGGAACCCUGGUUGAGAAACCCUGGUCUAUCCUAAGCUCUUUAGCCCCAAAGCAGGAUGCACAUAUAGCAGGCACACUGACGGGUAUUAGAGACUGUAUGCAGUCAAAGGGCCGAAUAGCUGAUCCAGCAACGUCCCUAGUUUCCCGGACUUGCUUGAAAGGAGCUACUCCUUGCAAGGAGUGAUCAAGGUGACGCCAGUGAGACAUGUCUACUCAGGGUGAGAAACCUGAAAACCAACCCCCCGAUCCACCACCAGACCCCCGGUGGAAACUUCUUGUCUUCUAUCUCUGUUUCUAUGGCUUCAUGAGCCAGAUCAGACCUGGAGAGAGUUUCAUCACACCCUACUUGUUGGGAGCAGAGAAGAACUUCACAAAAGAAGAGGUCACCAAUGAAAUCACCCCGGUGCUCUCCUACUCGUAUAUGGCAGUCCUGGUGCCUAUCUUCCUGCUGACUGACUACCUGAGAUACAAGCCAGUGCUGGUGCUGCAGAGCCUGAGCCACAUCUCCAUCUGGCUGCUUUUGAUCUUUGGCAGCAGUAUCCUCGCCAUGCAAUUCAUGGAGUUCUUCUAUGGCAUCACAAUGGCUGCACGGGUGGCCUAUUCUUCCUAUAUCUUCUCCCUUGUUUCUCCAUCACGCUAUCAGAGGAUGGCCAGUUACUCUCGUUCAUCCGUCCUGAUGGGUGUCUUCACCAGCUCUGUGCUAGGGCAGCUCUGUGUCACUGUUGGAGGCACCACCUUCAUGACCUUGAACUAUAUCUCGCUGGGCUUCAUGUGCUUUGCAUUGAUUCUGACCCUGUUCCUGGAACGCCCCAAACGCAGCCUCUUCUUCAACAGGAGUGACCCUGUGUGCAAUGGCACCUCACCUGCUGAGUUAGACAAGAUGAACCCUGGGCCUGAGAAGCCGGAGUGGCAGAAGGCCACAGCCUGGCAAAACCUGGUUAUUAUCCGGAUGUUAAAAGAAUUGGCAUCCAUUGUGCGAUUGCCACAGCUGAGGCUUUGGUCCCUCUGGUGGAUAUUCAAUUCUGCUGGUUACUACUUGAUACUGUAUUACGUGCAUAUUUUGUGGAAUGAUAUUUACUCCACCACAGAUAACAGAAAAGUCUAUAAUGGAGGCGUGGAAGCUGCUUCUACGCUCCUUGGGGCCAUCACCUCCUUUGCAGCUGGCUAUGUGAAAAUCCGCUGGACGCUCUGGUCAGAGCUCGUGAUUGCUGUCGUGACGGCAUUCCAGGCAGGCCUGCUUUUGCUGAUGAGCAUGACGGGCAAUAUCUGGCUAUGCUAUGUAGGAUAUAUCCUUUUCCGGGGCUCCUACCAGUUUCUUGUCCCUAUAGCAAUCUUCCAGAUUGCAGCUUCCCUCUCCAAAGAACUCUGUGCUUUGGUGUUUGGAAUCAACACUUUCCUUGCCACUGUGCUUAAGACUAUCAUCACUAUCAUCAUAACUGAUAAAAGAGGCCUGGCUCUUUCAGUCCACCCUCAGUUCUAUGUGUACUUUGGCUACUUCACACUCCUGGCUGUGGUGUACCUUGCAGCAACUGUGUAUGUGGCCAUGAGGCACAAUGUGUGCAGGAAGCCUCAGGAGGCACCACCCGCUAAGGAACUCUGUAGUACAGCUAUCGAAGCCUUGGGCAAGGACAAAAGCACAGAGCUGGCUAGCUCAGAAGCCUGAGAAGCCCAAUGGGUGGCAGAAAAGAGAGGGAUCUCCCUGCACACUCCCAGAUGGGAAGGGGCUGAGUAGAAUUCGCACAACAAUCAGCACUUGUAAGGUCAAGGCAUCACUGAUUUCUAGAAUAUUAUGUCGCUGCAGAGGCCAAGAGAGGGAAAAACAGUACUUGACAUUAGGAAAAGACACAUGCAAUGUAUAGCUGGCAGGCUGUAGAUUCCUCCACUCUGUCUGGGUCUUGAAUGUGCACGCAGUCCACUGAUCUGCCUCCUGAGUCAAGAAAUUGCAGCAACAGUGGUUGCUGACAGUGGGUGCACACCAAGUAAUCAUGUGAAUUUGAUUUUAAACCUUGGUUUUCCCCCUGGUCACCUGAAAAGGAGCCAACAAAUUAACCAAGAACUUUUUUUAAACAAAUAGGCAAAUGGUUUUAACUUUUUUAAAGGUUUCUAUAUUACUAUGAUACCAGUAAAUGUACCAUGCUGGAAUCCUUGAGGUAGCCACCUUUUUUUAGUCUGCCUGUCCUUUGCUAUGCUCAGGAAGUGCAUACUGUUGAGAGUGAGUAAGGGUGCCAGCUGAGAUUCAUAUCUACAAGGGGAAAUGACUGGGAGACAGAGGAGGACCAAAGACAUUUGACAGACAUUUUCAAUCUAGAGUAGACCUUGUUCCUUCUUAGUAAUCAGAAGCUUGCAUUUUGUUCUGACAUAUGCUUUUCUCUUUCUCCUUUCCCCUCAACCUUUCCUGUUUAUAAUAUCCAAGGAUUUGUUUUCAAGCCAUGUUCAAUGUCCCAGGAUGACAGUGUCCCUAAAAGUGUGAACCUCAUGGACACUGACUGCCCUAGAAUUUCUGUGGUUUUACUCUAAAAAAAGAGAACCAGGCUGCCAGUUAGACAUUUUAAAGAGGUAUAGAUCACUGUAGUCCAGGAGACACCAAGAAGAUUAGAGCACUCUCUUUUAAUGUGCCUUAUCCCCAACCGGUUAAAGGCACAUUUAUUUUUAAAACAGCUUUUAUCACAUUUGCCUGUGGGCAGGCAAAUGCAUCCCAUUUAUAGUCCAGAUGCCAGCUGGGCUUAUCAUGUGCCUUUUCAAGAAUGGGGAAAUCCUGUUCUUGAAAAGUCACAGAAUAAGCUUGGCUGGCAUCUGGGAUGCAUUUUCCUGGCCACAAGCAAAUGCGAUAAAACCCAUUUUAAAAAUAAAUGUGCCUUUAUCCUGUUGGGGUCUCCCAAUUGAUGAGGGAGUUCUGUUUCUGUCUCAUCUCUAUCCCAUUGUUUGAAAGAUAAACUCAAAGGCAUCGCUUUAUUGCUUCACAUGUGAGAGAUUCAGUUAAGGCCUGCAGACUGCUCUCUACACUUCUAUGCAUAUGAACAACAAAUAUUUAAAAGAGGAUACUUUCCUUUAUUCAGUGCCUUUAGAAAACAGUUUAUAGAACACAACACACAACUGACAAAAGAUAUAAGAGUUCCACAGGCUCUAACAAACUGCAUUGAAAUUUCACAAAAUACAGUAGACAGUAAGAAACUGACUGUGUGACUUGCACAGAUUCUUUCCCUCCUCCCCCCAGUAAUAAAAUUUCAUUACAAUAUUUAAAACAACAAAGCUAAGUAGACAUUUAGCACCUUGGUUUCUGAAAACUUUGCAUGCUUUGCAUGUUAGUGUUUAAAACAGAACUGGCAGGCAAAAAGCAUCAGCCUUACCUAGGCUUCUGGCACUGAAGUGGUGGAUGGGCUUUGCUGUGUAGCUGUCAAGAUCGCAGUCACAGUGAAGCCUAUGAACAUGGAAGGUCUCUGAGUGCUUGGGCCUGAAAAUGGCUUUAAAGAAUGCUGGGCCAUGAACCUGCCUACUUGUGAUUCUGUGCAUCCAAAGAAUCAGUGCUGUAUCAGAUCUUGGAAAUAUUAUUUCUCUUUGGACUCCAAAAAUCCUUUUACCAGACUUGUAAUCCAAGAUUUGUAAUAAAAAAAAGUACAUCCCCA